AUGGGAACCAAACCUAAAAUGGCUCCUUUUGUUGCCACUCUCUUAGUGGCAAUUCUUGCACUUAGCUUCUCAUCAAUAGCCAAUGCAAACUACCAAUACUGGUCUCCACCACCGCCGGAGAAAUACACUCCGCCCUACGUGUACAAGUCACCACCUCCGCCGCCACCUAAGAAGUCUCCACCACCACCACCACCUGUCCACAAGCCUCCACCGUACGUGUACAAGUCACCGCCUCCACCGCCACCUAAGAAUCUCCACCACCACCGCUACCAAAGAAAUCGUCACCACCACCACCAGUCCACAAACAUCCACCAUACGUUUACAAGUCUCCACCACCACCACCACCUAAAAAAUCUCCACCACCACCGCCACCUAAGAAAUCUCCACCACCAUCGCCAAUCCACAAACACCCACCAUACUCACCACCACCGCCACCUAAGAAGUCUCCACCUCCUCCACCGCCAGCCAAGAAGUCCCCUCCACACCGCCCUUACUACUACAACUCUCCUCCUCCACCUCACCACUACUAAGAAAUCAAGCUACUUCAACUUUCCAAGAAAUCAAGGAGAAUGUCCGAAAUUAAGAAGAAGAAGUAGAAGAAAAAAAAAAGUUGGAUGGAUCGAAAGAGAUGAGUUAUUUUGCAGAAUGAAAGCGAUGGAUCCAUGCAAAUGAAGACAAUAAAUGGACAAAAACUAUAUAUUAAUAAGAAAUAAUCUGGACAAUCUCCUUUUAAUUUGUGCAUGUUUGUGUUUUAUUAUAGUUAGCGUGUUUGAGCUGUCCCACUUUUAUCAGCAUGCUUUUCAGAAGUUUGCUCAAUGGAAUAAAAUUCCCAAUUUCUGUCGUACAUGAAUUUCUCUAAUGUAUGUUUUGCUUUGUGUCAUUAUAAUUAUUUUUAUUAAAU